AUGGUACCGUUACGUGUGACCUGUGGUCCUAUAACGGGGUACCGUACGGGUUGCCACGUUCUGUCGACCUGCGUUAACAGCAACGUUGCUCCGGCAGCCUGUGUUACACCUACUUAUCGCAUUACAAAUCCAUCAAUCGCCGCAAGUCAUGAUAAAGAUCGCAUUCAAACACAAAAAUGGGCUUUAGAGGGCAGGAGGUGGUUCCAAACCGGUGGAACCGCCCCUGGCGGCGGAUUCGGCAUGAGGGAAUGGGUGGAUUUCUCACAUCUCCAAUUCGACCCACAACUCGUCAAGCACCUGAAGCUAUUUGGACUGGAAGCUUUCAAAUCGUUCCAGUACAUUAUGGCCAGGAACAUAAUAGAUGCACUGGGAUCAAUGGAAGCCGGAACAGGAAAGACUGUAGCUUCCAAGUUUGUAUUCCACAACGACCCAGAUUCCGGUAAAUCCAUCGGGUAUAUAUUACCACUGCUCCAUGUAUACGGUUUCAAGGGGGUGUCAAAAGGCGACAAUGUGGUUACAAGCCAAGGGUCAACUUUGGUGGUGGCUAGGGAUGAGAAGACUAGCCUUAGCCUGGGCGCGAUGAUAAUCGCAAUGAACCCAAAUCUGGAGUGCGUGAUACUCGAUGACGUAGAAGAUGCAGGUAUUGAUAAAGCACAUUCCAGAGGUUCAAAGGCAGCCGCAGGUGCAGCCGCCUUUGGUCGAGGGAAACAUACCGAACAAACCAUAUGUGACACCAUUUCCGGCGGCAAAUCCGGCAGGGCUUCGCAUAAGCCGCCUCAUGCCAACGAAACAUACGGAUUGAAUAACAAUUCCAAAGUGCUUGUAGUAUCGGUAAACAGGCUCCGAACCCUGCUGACAACCAAGUCGGCAGGGUUACCGACGGCACAGCUUGCUGGUGUUGCAUGUGUCAUUUUUGAUGAUUUGUCGAGAUACUUUGCGCACGGCCACAUCGUAUCGGACGUCUACAGACGCAUCAAGAGUGCCAAGUUAUCGGCUGCAGCAGCAGCCGCGGUCGAUGCUGCAAAUUCGGGCAAUGUGCAAGCCUCGAAUGCCAGUGGUAAACGUGGCAAGCGGCAGCAUAAAUCAAAUACCGCCCAAAAUGACGUUUCAGUGGCAACUAGAGCAACAGCUGACGAUGUGCAUAUUGUAUGUAUAGUUGACUCGCUGGGUGAGUCGUUUUGCAAUUUCGCAACUGAACACCUCAGCGGCUUCUGGCUGUACGACUUCAAGAAUGGUACCAGACAGAAGCUAGUUGGGGAUGGCAGGACUGAUGCAGUCCGACUAGAAGUCGAUUUGGAUGCCACGCCCGAAAUAGUGGCGGCUGCGGAAGGAGAGCUUCCCGGUGGCACCAACCUCCCAAUAGAGCACUCCAUAUGCAAGGUUGCCGGAGGGAAGAGCAAGUGGGAACGUAUAUAUGCACUGAAGUGUCUGGUGUACCACUACCUCAAUUUGCCGACCUUUCCCCUUCAGAGUAUGCUACCUCCUAUGCUAAAAAGGCCAAAAGCCUCGCACCAGUGUAUCAUAUUCGUUGCCAACCGGUCACAACAGCGUCAUCUCUGCGCACUCGAAUGCUUCAGGGAUCUCGCUUCAAGGCUAGGAAGUGAUCUCACGGUCCAAGAACGGGCUUACAACCUCAACAGCUUCAGGAACGGCAGCCGCCCCAUCCUCAUCGCGACAGACGCAUCCGUUGCGGGUUGCAACUUCGACGACGUACGAUACGUGUUCAAUUAUCAACCUCCACAGACGGCUGAUGUUUACAGAGGCAGAGCCGCUAUCGCUGGCAAGAACUCAAACUCACUGUGCGUCACGCUUUACAGCAGGGAGCAGUACUCGGCCUUCAGUAACGUCCUCAAAACUCUGGGAAAACGGGUAUCGAUACACAUACCGCCAUCGCGCGACUACAUGCUCAAGUUCAAUGCAGCAUGGCUGCAAAAAUUUGCCAACCAGCUUGUGGAGCUGAACCCCAGCUUUCUGGCGCCAUUCAGGAACAAAGCCGAGGACUUGCUCGAAAAACACGGCAAGGAUGCCAUUUUCAGUAAAACACUUUCACUUCUGCUAGGUAGUGACAUCGGUAGACAGGAUGAUGGUAGCACUGGUAACAACGACUUGCCGCGUGACUGUUCACUGUUGACCGGAAGGCGCGGUUAUGUUGCUGUCACCGUAUUUGACGGCGGGUCAGACUGCAGCAUGUCCGGGAGCGAUUUGGUAAAGAUGGUGCAGCGACUGCUCCCUGACGCUAACCCUGCAACGCUCCUAGGGAAGUAUGCGAAAACCGAAAGUGGAUACGUCAUAGAUGUGGCUGCCGAGCACGUGACCGCCCUGCUCGCAGCAGCGGCUAACGAGCCCGAAGUAUGUUUCGAAGUGUCAACACGAAUGCCAAAGAUGCUGCUGGAAACUGGAAGCGGCUCCACGAAGGCAAAGGGGCACAUGAAUAAGCUGCCGUGGAGACGGUACAAGAUCAGACGGUUCCGGCUUCAAAAGCGCAUGGUAUAA